AUCCUGCUGGUUCACAGACUGGAUGGGCAUAACUCCUUCUCCUACAUACCCGUCUUUGUUCCGCUGUGGCUUUCGCUGAUAACUUUGAUGGCCACAACCUUUGGCCAGAAAGGGGGCAAUCACUGGUGGUUCGGCGUUCGCAAAGACUUCUGCCAGUUCCUCCUCGAGAUCUUCCCGUUCCUGAGAGAGUACGGCAACAUUUCGUACGAUUUGCAUUACGAAGAUAACGAGGAAACGGAAGAAACUCCGGUUCCGGAAGCGCCCAAAAUCGCUCCGAUGUUUCGCAAAAAAGCCGGGGUGGUCAUUACGCAGAGUCCCGGGAAGUACGUCAUACCACCGCCCAAACUGAAUAUCGACAUGCCGGAUUAAAAACGAACUCUGAAAGGACAGAUGUCUCCAUGUGAUAAUCACCACCGGGUAUCCGUGGCCAAUCC